AAAACAGGUGUGAUGACUGGAAGGGUGUUGACAGGAGCAGGCAAUAGUGAGAAACUGAUUUAGGAACUGUGAGGGGAUUAUAAGAGUGUCCUGUUCAGAUCCCGACAGUACGCGCUCUCAUUUUCACACAGGGAACAUCUCACAAAGAAGGAAUACAAAGAAAUCAUCAUUGUCAGUGAUCUUUCCCUACAUUGAGGUUCAUCAAAGGAAGAGUAAAAUGAAGUUGAUGUUCGGACUUCCUCUUUUCUAUUUGCUCCUGCGCUGUGCAAACCAGGCAUUAGGUGUUACGAUCCAGUCUGUCCCUGAAUCCAACAGUGAUGGUGUUAUACAGACAGAGCUGGAGAAGACUGUGUCCCUGGCUUGUCAGCGUGACAGCAGCAGUGAGCCUCAGGCCGACGGGGAGUUGGUCUGGCUGAGGAACGGCGCUCUUGUCAGUCUGAAGGAAGGAAAUAAAGAGGGUCGCAGCAGCGUGUGCGUUACACCUGUCCUCCAUGCAGACAAUGGUGCCAACUUCACCUGCCACCUGAGCAAAAAUGCCACAGUUACUGCUUCAAUCAUCCUGAAUGUCGCAUACCCCCCACAGAUCAGUGGGUCAGAAGACGUUGCAGUGGAGGAAGAGUCCGACCUGCUCCUGCAGUGUGAUAUCGAGGCCAAUCCACCAGUCGCAAACACCUCUUGGACAUUAAACGGGGAGGAACUAGACCUAGCAGCGGGAGGCUUUACGGUGACCAACGAUGGCUUUAAAAUCCAGUUACUGGCCAGCAGAGUGGAGAAGAGCUUGCACGAAGGCACAUACGCGUGUUCAGCCUACUCUGACAAAUACGGACAACACACCAAGACCUUCUCUGUCACACUAACAGAAAAGACCAUGAAGUUCCCACUGAUUCCCAUCAUAGCAGGGCUGGUGGUGGUGUUCCUUACGUUGCUUCUUGCCUUUGCUUCGCGUUGGAAGAAGAUUGCAAAGUGCUGCAAAAAGAUAAGCAAAUGAGAGAAGUCACGACCACAUCACCACGGUGUUUCAUGUGUGGAAGAUUGCCAUUGCGCAUUAACAUGGUCUAGUUUUUAAUUUUGUAAUGUUUGACAUUUUUUUAAUGGUUUGACAUUUUGGGAAACAAGAGUUUGAAGACCAAAAUACUCUGUCUGUUCAGCUGCUCCAAGUUUAUAAAGUUGUCACAAAAUACAGGACUAUCGUUCAGGUCUGUGCCACGUUCCUUCGACACAAUGAAACAUUAUCUAUAUGAACCAUGCUGGCGUCUCAGAGAGGUGGUCGGGGUUGAUGAUGGUGUACAAUGUCCAGGACACCAGAAUUCAGUGUUUACAUCCAGUCUGUGCUUACUUUUAAGCAACAAAAGCACUUUGUUAAGGGUUAGGGAAAGAUCGUCAUUUCUGUUAUGUGUUCUUAAAAAAUUUGUCCUGAAAUACUGAUAAAACUUUGUCUUUUGGAGAAAUCGUGCCCAUGAAUACGAAUUCUACAGAUCCAAUAUUUUCAAGCUGCGGUGCAUGUGCCGCUGGUGGUACGCGAGUACGGUGGAAUCCCGCGAAUUGAAUAAGUUUGAUCAACGACAAGAAAAAAAAAGUACUGCAAGUUUGAAUUAAAAAUACUUUAUCUGAAAUUCGAUUCACAGUAAAUUUAAUCUUUCCUGUAAAAUUCUUGUUCCAGCUUGCUACAAUGUCAUGUUUAUUCAGGUCACAUGUUGGAACUGUAGUGGGAAGAUAGGAAGCAGAGGUAAAAUGAAAGGUUCAAAAACUCCAAAUGGGAGGAGGAGGCAGACAUGUUGAAACUGAAAUUGUUGAUAGAGAACCGAGCAUUAGCACCUAAAAACAACCAAGAUUGUAAGCUGAACAGAGUAGCUUAGUCUUACGUGCUUGUAUUUUAAAGUUGGUCUUAACGAUGGCCUUAUAUUUAUUGAGGUGGUACAGGAUGUACCAGAAAAGUUUGAGAAACAUUGCUAUAUAUUACAUCUCACAAACUGCAUGUGGUGAGCUUAGCUUAGCACAAAGACUGGAAUCAAAGCAGAAAAGCCAGCUUACCAACCAAAGAGUGUUGGUUUUAUACAGAUAUAGUAAUUAAUGAGCUUUUAUAGGGGCUGGCUAGGUUGUAGACUGGCUAUCACGUGACAGCCAGGCCAGCUGUUUCCUCUGUCUCCAGUCUUUCUGGUACACGUAGUUAGCUGGCUACUGGUGGUAAAUUCAUCUUUGCUGUACAGACACAAGAGUCUUCUCGGCUGACUCCUGGCAAUAAUGGAAGAACAGGCAUAUUUCCCAAAAUGUCCUUUAAAAUCAAAACAAAUGCAGCAUGGAUCCCACUGCUGUAGAGUGUGGCAGGAGGAUCUGAGUUUUGAAAAUAUGACCUUGAAAUUAUCCUGAAGCUUGUUGCUAUUUCAUACAGUGAUGCACCGCUGAGUAACAGUCCACUCCCUUCUGUUGAUACCUCUGCAAUAAACGUGCCUUUGUUUCCUGACCACCUUGUUCUGAUCUAUAUUUCCCACACUGGCCCUGAACUUUAACUCCUUACUCAACAUUUGCAAUCAAGGCUUGUUAAAAUCAUGUUAUACAUUUACCCUUAAUGAGUCAAAGGGGCCACAAUGUCCUGAGGUUCAAGGUUUAAAUAUUUAUGUUCUUGCCAAUAAAAAGCAGUUAACGGGAUCACAUAAAACAGCACAAUGCCGAAUGAGGACUGUGGCACGUUUGACAAGAAUGUGAGAUCAGAGCAGAGCAUGAUUAACAGUAUGAAUCUAGGAUUAUUCUGUGAAAGCUUUGCUCUUGUGAAAAAUGUCCCUUUCUGUGACAGUUGUGCUCACAGGUCAGUAAAUAUAUUAAUGUCAGGUCUGAUUGCUCCUUUUUUUGGACAUUUUCAGAGGUCAGUAUCAGCUACAUAGCACAUGUUUAAAAGACUGCUGACAAGAACUUUUCUCAGCUGUAAUGUUUAAUAGGUGGAAUUUUCAAACCCAAAUAAGAAUGUGAAUGUUGCACAAAAAAGGUCUGGUUUGCAUCUAAGUUAGGAUUUCAACUGAGCACAUUAUAUGCAACAAUGUUGUCCUGGUCUACAUUUCACACAACAGAAGACGAGUGGCUGAUUUGAUGACACCCUGUAUGUCAUCACCCUGUUUCAUUUAGCAGCCCGCUUUGUCAAUUAGAAAUGUAAAAAAAUAUAGUCUUUACAAGGCAAGAGAACAGAUGGAUUAAAAAAUAAACAAAUAGUCGUGUCACAAGCUUGGAACUGCCUUUGUUAAAUCACCAGAAUAUUGAAUGAAGCAGGUGGAUGUGACAUAGCCCUGGUGGCUGACAGAGUUCCACUCGAAGGUCUGUAGUGACAUCUGCUGGUGGCUUUACUUUAAACCUCCUCCAGUCCAUGAUACUGAUGUUAUUGUGAAAAUAUGCAAAUAAAGACACAGAAUGACAUUAACAUGAGAAAGAGGACAAACGUUACCGUGUUGACGGAUGGGCAGCUGUAUUUAGUGGCGCAUUGUCCCUGUUCUGUCGAUGUUAACAGGUUGCAACAGGACACACUGUGUAUUUAUCGGAGGUAUUUAUAACCUUUUAAGAAUUAGAAUCUAUAUUUAAAUGUGGAAUUAAAAAACAAUCAAUGUAUAAGUUAAGAUUGUGGCCCAAGUACAGCAGCAGCAGCAAACAAUUUUCCAGGUGAGCAAAUUCUUGACCAAAUGUGUCGAUAUUGAUUAAUUAAAUUGAAUAUUGACAGCACAACAAAAAGUGUCUGUUUUAAUGAACUGCAAUAAAUUGUGAUGUGUUUA